CUCCUCCCCCGACGACUGUAUUCUUCCGUUAUCAUUGUUGCUCGUUCGCUGAAACGCGUGCACCGAAUACGUGCAAACGUUAAAAAAUAUCGCCAGCAGCCGAUGGCCCCGACGCUCCCAUUCGUUUCGGUGCGGGAACAAUGGGUCGGUAGAACAAUGAGCAAAGUCGCGGCUGUUCUUCGAACGUUCAAAGCGACGCGAAAACGUUUUGGCGCAUCUAAUAUUCGUACGCUACCGUAGACGUCAUUCGUUUACUUUUGCAAAACUCUACUUCCUACUGCGUCAGUCGAGAUAAAGUCUCGAUAACUCGCGGGAUAUCCGUGGCACGAUAGCAGCCGUCGAUCGGUACCCGACCUUUCUCGCCCGCGAACGAUAAAUCCGGUUACAGAAUAAUGGUCAAUCUUGGCCGCGCGAUAAGCGUUUAAUUAAACGCGCUUCAUUAGCCGCUAGUUCGCCGCGAAACUUGCGACGUCGACGUUCGCGUUUCACGACCAGCCUCGAAUUCACCGUCUAUCGACGAUCGUUUCGUAAUCUCGGGAUCAAGUGUGACUAAGUGUUUUCAAUUAAGGUGUUACGUCACCCCAGUUUUUGUUGUCUUCGAUAAUUUAAUUAAUAGUCAACGUAUCAGUAAACUCCUAACGUUCACCGGAUAAACAAGGUGCAGCGGGGACCUAAAAUGUGCAAGCCAGCCAGGAAGAAACGCUCUUAACGUCGAAUCGGACGAGAACCGACGUGCGUGCUGAUCGACGCGGACAAAUCGGCGCCAGGAAGAUGACGAAAAGGUUCGAGUUCAAUUGGCAGAUCGAGGUACCGGUAGCGCUCCGUCAUGGAUGCACUUUCGAUCGGUGGGCAGAGGAGAAGGACAACACGGAACUCGAGCCGAGUUGCAUGUUCAAGGUCGACGAAUAUGCCUUCUUCAUCUACUGGCAGAGCGAGGGAAAGGAGGGAGACGUGAUAGAGCUGUGUCAAGUGAGCGACAUACGCGCCGGUGGAUUGCCCAAGGAUCCGAAGUUGUACGAUAAGCUCUUGACAAAGCACGGUGAGCAAUUGGAGGAGAAAAGUUUGACCAUCUGCUCCGGCGUAGAUUACACCAAUAUCAAUUACCAACAUGUCGUUUGUCCGGAUCCAGCGACGGCCAAGGUAUGGCUGGAUGGCGUACGAUCGAUUACGCACAACGUGAAAGCCAACAACGUUUGCCCGCUUACGUGCUUGAAGAAACAUUGGAUGAGGCUCAGAAUGCUGGUCGAUCCGAUUGGAAAAGUUCCGGUGAAAGUGGUCGCGAGGACUUUCGCGUCCGGGAAAACGGAAAAGCUCGUCUAUCAGUGCCUCGCCGAUUUAGGCCUACCUAGCGGAAAGAACGACGUGAUCGAGCCGGACGAUUUCACCUUCGACACCUUCUACGCGCUCUACCACAAGAUCUGCCCGAGGAACGACAUAGAGGAACUGUUUCAAUCCAUCACCCAGGGUAAAGCCGACACGAUCAAUAUGGAUCAAUUGGUUACGUUUCUGAACGAGAAACAACGCGAUCCGACUUUGAACGAGAUCCUCUAUCCCCUGUACGACGAGAAGAGAGCGAUGGAAAUCAUAAAGGAUUACGAGCAAAACGAGACCGCACGAAAUCAAAAAACGAUGACGAAGGACGGUUUCAUAAGGUACCUGAUCUCCGACGAGAACGCGCCGGUUUUCCUGGACAGGCUGGACGUUUACAUGGACAUGGACCAGCCUCUGGCGCAUUAUUACAUCAACUCGAGUCACAACACGUAUUUGAGCGGUCGUCAAUUCGGGGGGAAAAGCAGCGUCGAAAUGUAUAGACAGGUGUUGCUCGCUGGUUGUAGGUGCAUCGAAUUGGACUGUUGGGACGGGAAAGGCGAGGACGAGGAGCCGAUAAUCACGCACGGGAAAGCCAUGUGCACGGACAUUCUCUUCAAAGACGUGAUCUACGCAGUGAGAGACACUGCUUUCGUUACUUCCGAGUUCCCCGUUAUACUCAGCUUCGAGAACCACUGCGGCAAAAAGCAGCAAUACAAGCUGGCGAAGUAUUGCGACGAAAUUUUGGGUGACCUGCUGCUGAAAGAACCUCUCAAAGAGUAUCCCCUGGAACCCGGGGUGCCUCUGCCGCCGCCCAGCGCUCUCAAGCGUAAAAUCCUGAUCAAGAACAAACGUUUGAAGCCGGAGGUCGAGAAGCAUGAAUUGGAGCUGUUUAGACAAGGUCAGUUCGUAAUCGAGGACGAGGUCAAAGAAGACGCCAGCGCGCUGCCAGUGGUGGCAUCGGUCGUUGAACAGCAAUCGGUAAAGGAGGAAGUUUCGACCGCGGAAUCGGUCGCGUCGUCGACGACCGGUACGCAACCGCCAUCUGUCUCCAGCGCCGGUCUUGGCGACAGUUUGGAAUUGGCAGUGGUUCAACCGUACACCGGAAGCACGACGAACGUGCACCCGUUGCUAUCGUCCAUGGUUAACUAUGCUCAACCCAUCAAGUUCGUGGGCUUCGAUAUCGCCGAACGUAAGAGCACAGAUAAAUCCUUUAGGUUCAAUCCUUUUUACGAUGCCCCUUCGACGACCCUCGCGAGGGAAAAGACGGGAAGGCAAUGUACUCCUUUGUCUGUUCGUACAGAGAAAAAUAUUCAUCACAACAUGUCUUCCUUCGCGGAGAACACCGGCCUGAACUACCUGAAGACGCAAGCCAUCGAGUUCGUCAAUUACAACAAGCGACAAAUGAGUCGAAUUUACCCGAAAGGCACGCGGGCCGACUCGUCGAAUUAUAUGCCACAAGUCUUCUGGAACGCUGGCUGCCAAAUGGUGUCGCUGAAUUUCCAAACCGCGGACCUGCCUAUGCAACUGAACCAAGGGAAGUUCGAGUACAACGGCUCGUCGGGCUACCUUCUGAAGCCGGACUUCAUGAGACGAGCCGACAGGAGCUUCGAUCCUUUCGCGGAGAGUCCCGUGGACGGCGUGAUCGCCACCCAGUGCAGCGUCAAGGUGAUAGCUGGACAGUUCUUGUCCGACAAGAAAGUCGGGACGUACGUGGAGGUGGAGAUGUACGGUCUACCCACGGACACCAUUCGCAAAGAGUUUCGAACCAGAGUCGUCCCGGCGAACGGCCUGAAUCCCGUUUACAAUGAAGAACCCUUCCUGUUUCGAAAAGUGGUCCUGCCGGACCUGGCUGCGUUAAGGUUCGCCGUUUACGACGAGUCCAACGGGAAACUUUUAGGCCAGAGAAUAGUCCCUCUCGACGGUCUACAGUCAGGGUACAGGCACAUAUCUCUGAGAACGGAGGCGAAUUUCCCCAUGUCUCUGCCUAUGCUCUUCUGCAACAUCGAGAUCAAGAUCUACGUGCCGGACGGCUACGAAGGACUUAUGGACGCUCUUACGGCACCGCGGGCCUACAAGAAACCGGAGAACAUGUCGCAGAAUAAAAUGCGCGGCCUCGGGAUCGAGGAGAACGACAACAGGGGCAGCGACUCCGCUCCUUCUCAUCAUCGCGAGCCACCCAAACCCAGGGAGGAGAUGAAGUUCGACCCGAUUACGGUGGAGGUGUUGCGACAAGAGAAGGGUUACCAGAAAGUGCUGAGAAAGCAGCAGAAGGACUUGGAGUCGUUGAAGAAGAGACAGCAAAAAGAGAAACUAACCGUCCAGAAGCAACACUGCGUUGCGAUAGAGAAGAUUAUCAAAGGGAAAAACAAAGCGGAGCUCUCGAGGGACCCGACCGUUCGCAGAGCAGUUUCCGACCAGACCGUACAGUGGUCCCGUCUGGCCGACAGGCAGCGUCGCGAGGAACGCGACCUGGUUCGUUCCCACCUGGAGGAGCGACGGAACACCUUGUGCAAGCUGUGCGUGACCGCUCAGGUGUCGCAGCAGAAGCAGCUCGGGGCGCGUCACGAGCGCGAGAUCAAGGAAAUGAACGCGAGACAGGCGAGGCUCUCGGUGGAGAGCAUGAGGGAGGUGAUGAACGACAAAACGUUGAAGACCAGGGGCAUCAAGGAGGGCAGACUCAGGGAGAAGCAACAGAACAACACGAAGAAGUUUAUGGAGGAGAGGAAGAUCGCGCAGAUCAUACAGAACAGGGAGAAGGAGAAGCUGAAAGUAAUACACGAGAAGCAACUGGAGGAAUUGCAGAAGGACAUGAACGCGAUCAUGGACAUGUACAAAAACGAGGAGAUGGAGUACGAACUGGGCCCUAAGACCGAAUUUUACGUGUGAUGGCCGUCGCGGUGCGUCGUAUUCGUACCUCUGCGUCCGGGACGGUUACAGGGGAACUGAGGUGCUGCGUUCAGAGAAUCCGCUAUAAACGUUAAUUACAAUUGGAAUUGGGAACAAGCCUCGUUAGCUGUCGUUCUCCGAUCCGCCGACGUUUUCGCCCUAGCGCGAUCACGUCAGCGUCGCGAGAACCGGAAGCAACAAAACAAACUCCGCGUUAAUCGUAAUUCUAGUUCAUUCUCCUGGAUAUUUUUUUAUAAAAAAGAAAGCAUCUUGUAACUCUCCAUACUCUCCGUCGUCGCACGAGCAAGUACCUAGACUAAAUAAGGGAGUCAAUAAAAACUAAAGUGAUCUAGUCAAGUUCUUAUAUUAAUGAUAAGUAUAUAUUUAUUAUACGCGCUGGUACGUUCGGUUGAAGCGUGCGCGCUGCAAUUGCGUCUCAACGGUGUCCAGAGAUCAUUUAUUCGUUUUCAGAAUCGCAUUCUGCAUGAAAUGGUGCACAGCCAUAUUUUUCUCUAGGUUCUCUAGAGAACAGACCUUUUUAUUUCAAGUAAUGAGCUAAUUUUAUUAAAACAAUAAGAUAUUUCAACCUGGUACCAUUUGAAUCCGCUUUCAACGAGCUCGCGAAAGUCGAGGGACAGUUUUUCUGUGUUCUCCAGUUUGAGAAACGAUUGCAUGUGCAGGCUGUAGCCGUUCGUACCGCGUACACGAGAAGCGGAUCGCGCGGAGUCAGCGUGCCGCGUGAUUCGUCGAUUUAAAUAUUUUUCGAUUGUUAACGCUAUUAUCGAAUUCUAUCGUACCGCGUGCGUGAGCGAGAGAGCGACUGUGCGAGCACGUGUGUUUCAUUGCCUAACGCCGAAAGGGAUUUGCCGUCAACGUGACGAUUCCUUCGCUAUAAUUGUACUCCGAACAAUGCUUGUUACGGUCCGGAAGCAGUCGAUAGAUGACGCGUGCACGGCCAUAGCCGUGCAUGUGUUGCCGGACGCGAUUAGAGUAUUAGUGUCCCGCGAUCUUCAGUCACGAUCGAGCAGGUACUCGUUUCGGGAAUCCUUUUUUUCCCUCCUCGGAAGAGUACACUCGCACGAAUGGUCCAAAGUCGUAACGUCGCGAGCCAAAAUAGCAUUGUACAUAAAACCGAACUAAAGGAGAGCCUAGCAUAAUAAUUACCACGUCGUUGUUUUCAUUCUAAUAAUGUUAUUUACACAAAUGAUUAUAUUAACCUAUAUUAUAUAUAUAUUGGAUAUAAAGGAGUAAGGAGAAAUAAAGAGAUUG